AUGGUUGAAGCCGUCACCAACCAGACAUUCCUCGACACCACGCCUCCAGAAGCUCCAAAAAUAGGAUCUGUCAAGACUCUUAUUGAUUGUGCACGUAAGGACAGCCCUAAAGACAGGCCAGCAUCGGAAGACGAAGAUAUAGAGAGGUGGAUCGACGACAAUCUUCCAUCAGCCAAGCGUCCCAGAGAAAGAGUAACAUCCAUCGUCUCCAUCUCAUCCACCAGCUCUUGCGACAUGCAUACCAACACGGACGUCAGUGAAGACGAAAUGGAGCAUGACGUUCGGCCGAUACAACCAUCUCCAGCACCCAUGCAGAAAAUCAUCGAGCUCAUCCUGCGCAAGGUCGAAAUCAACCUCCGCAAUGCAGCUUACAAGCAAUGUACUGGACGCAGCGCCACGCACAGCCAAGCUAGAUCUACGCUGCCUUCGGGUCAGAGUAGCCGCAAGACGUCUGUGAGCUCAGGAUCAAAACGCAAGUCCCGUUUGGAAGGCAGCCCACCGCCAGAGGAUGAUGACGAAGAUGGCUCAAGCAAGCGACGUCGUGGAUCAACAACAACUACCGAUGAGUCCGAGACCGGUGCGAGGUUCGCAUGUCCUUUCUACAAACACGACCCGGAUCGGCAUCGCAACAGGAGAACCUGUCCCGGGCCUGGCUGGCCCACGGUCCAUCGAAUGAAAGAGCAUCUCUACCGGUCGCAUUCCCAACCGAUAUUCUGUCCGAUCUGCUACGCGACCUUCAAGUCAGACAAGGAGCAAUCGAGUCACGUGCGUCUGCAGCAAUGCGAGAGAUCAUUGCCCCAACAGAUCGAAGGGAUCGACCGCGAAACUGUGUGGACGCUGAGGAAGCGCACCACUGCGCUGAGACUUGAGGAAGACAAAUGGAGAGAUGUAUAUCAGGUUCUCUUCCCAGACGUGUCUGCCGCCGAGAUACCCAGUCCUUGUAAGCCAUCGCGCCACGCUGGAUUUAUAACCUGCUAA